AUGGACGAGAAAAGCAGUAACCCUGUGGCCCGGCCCACUCCCGAAGACGAUGAUGAAGAAGCUGGCGUGUUUGCAAUGCAGCUGGCCGCGGGCUCUGUCCUUCCCAUGGUCCUCCGAGCCGCGGUCGAGCUCGACCUCCUUGAGCUGAUCAAGAAAGCCGAGCCCGCGGGCGCGUCGGCCUCCGAGUUGGCCGCGCGCCUCCCGACGAAAAACCCUGAUGCGGCGGCCAUGUUGGACCGGAUCCUGCGGUUUCUUGCGGCGUACGGCGUUCUGACCUGCACUAUGGAUGGCGGCCAGCAGAGGUACGGGCUGGAGGCGCGGGUGAGGCGGUAUUUGACUCGAAACGAGGACGGGGUCUCGCUGGCGGCCUGCUAUUCGCUGAUGAUACAGGACAGGGUUUUCAUGGGGACAUGGUAUCACCUGAAAGACGCUGUUCUGGAGGGAGGAGUACCUUUCGAUAGAGCAUAUGGUAUGAACGCGUUCGAAUACCCGGCUACAGACCUAAGAUUUAACCAAGUUUUUAACCAAGGCAUGUUUGAACAAUCUACCAUUUUCAUGAAGAAGAUCCUCGAAAAAUACAAAGGUUUCGAGGGCCUAAACUCCCUAGUCGAUAUUGGUGGAGGAACUGGAGCUUCACUCAAGAUGAUUGUAUCCAAAUAUCCAUCAAUGAGGGGCAUCAAUUUUGAUCUGCCCCAUGUUAUCAAAGAAGCCCCUUCUUACCCAGGUGUGGAACAUAUCGGUGGCGACAUGUUUGUUAGUGUGCCCAAAGCUGAUGCCAUGUUCAUGAAGUGGAUUUGUCAUGACUGGAGUGAUGAACACUGCAAGAAACUGUUGAAGAAUUGCUAUGAAGCCCUUCCACAUGAUGGGAAAGUAAUAGUUGCAGACGUUAUUUUCCCAGAGGACCUCAAUAGUGGUCCGGCUUAUGCACGGGCCGCUAUUGGCGAUAUGAUGAUGCUAGCGUAUAAUCCCGGUGGCAAGGAGAGGACAGAGAAGGAAUUUCAGGCCCUAGCCGACUAUGCUGGAUUUAAACGUAUCAUCAAAGUUUGCGCUGCUUAUAAUAUUUGGAUCAUGGAGUUUCACAAAUGA